GCAUCCCCUCUAGAUAUACAUACAUAUCCCCCUCCUCCUCUAUCCCUCUCUCGACUUAAUGCCAGUACGAGCGCGCGCUUUCGAACGACGCGUCGUGUCGGCCGCGAGGGACGAUCAGUCUGUUCUCCACGUUCUCCACGCAAGGACGAUCGCCGCCGGCAAUCCGUCCCUCUAAUCUGUGACACGAACUUUGACCCGCGCUCCCGCUCGCCUUCCUCGCGAUCGUCUCUUAUCGCUUCGUUUGCCCGAUGACGUACGCUCGUCAUGUUCCUCGAUCGACGUCCGACCGAACUCUUCAGUAGCGAUUACGUUUUCAUCGCGUGAAGGCGCGUAUCACUCGUUUGCUUCAUCUCCCUUCUACCUUCUGUGACCGCGCGUAUCUACGCCGAUUUUACCGUUUUUCAUCGCGUCUCGUCUCACGUGUCUUCUCCGGUUUGCUCGUGCUUCGUUGUGCAUCUGCGACAAAGGGUAGUUCUUCCUUCGCUUUUGGUCUUCACGUUAUUUCCAUAGAUCCUUUUUGUUUUGUUUUUUUUUUUCUCCUCCUUUUUUGGUCGGCUGAACGAGGCGAGGGCAAGGACGACGUAUCGAUCGCAUCCAUCGAGCGUGACUGAGUUCGGACAUGUGAUCGGUGGCAUCCCACUCGAGAAAAUUUCUCCCGCGUUUCGAGUGGUGGUCUCGAGUCGUCGGCGGAGGACGAGGACGUCGAAAGGUGGAAACGAGAAGAGGGUGAAAGAGAAGUAGUGGCAAAUGCGUUGGUGUAGGCGGUAGUACGACUGGUCUUUUAUGGCCUAGCUGGGUACAUAGAGGGAAGAAGGCACUCGUGUCGUUUGGACCCCGAUAUCGACGAUAUCGAGAUGAGAUUGCUGCCGUUGCUUUCCAUCCUCUGUUUGGCGAGUCGAUGCGCCGAUUGCCGGGCGGUCGACGCCGAUCCCGGGGAGAACGAGAACACCGUCGGAAGGCACAGGCAUAAAUUCACCGUGGAAGAGCUGUUGAAUACCAAGUUCCCUCGUGGCAUCAGCGACGACGUCGAUGUGGACAUCUGUAAGGCGGGUGGGUUUCUGGGCGAUAUCGCGCUGCCGAAUAUCAAAUACGAGACCGAAUGGCGACAGCAAAAACUCAACAAGAGUUACUUGGAAGAGCUGGAGAAGUAUCGGGACGAGGUGCUGAAAGAGGGUCUUCAAGUCGAAGAAGAGGGUCUUACAGAGAUCCUUCAAUUUAAAAAUGAGCACGACGCUAACGAGGCGCAUCAGGAGAACGAGGAGAUCGUGGCUUCUCAAGAGAAAUCCGAACCAAUUAUGGUGGACCGGAAUCAAUACAGCAUGGACGGCGAGUUCGAGGGUGGAUUCAGUUUUAACGCGAGGAACGAAGAUGCUAGGCCUGGGGUGAGGGACGAAGGCGUUGAAUUCAGGCUAGAAUCAACCACCCCACCAACCAAGAAAAGACAUUCCGCUCGAAAACAAGGGCGUGAAGCCUCGCAAACGGCGUCGAACGUGAACGCUACAAAAUCGAUGGAAGCAUUUUUGAGAACGUCUCAAGAGUUGAACGCGUUUCCCACGACUACUGAGAACGUGAACCAAAUAAAAACCACGAACGUGGAAAACGUCGAGGAAGUGUUCACCAUUCAACCGGAAAGCAGCACACGGAACGCAUCGAAACGGCGUCAUCGUCGUCAUCACCGUAGAAGAGCAACGAAAAGGAGGCAUCGUGGUCGCAAGGUUCCCCUAGUCAGACGAGAUUUCGAUGACUCUUCAGACGAGGUAGUGUCGUUGCACGAUCGACAGCUACGUUCGAUAGAAUUCUACGACAUGGAGCAUAAACCAAAGUAUUCGGCAAACAAACGUGGUACCACGAGACAUAGAUUUUCCAGCAGGACCCGAAGAGCCGCGACAGCACGCAAGGAACGUGUAUGGGAUCACGGAGUGAUCCCGUACGAGAUCGAUGGAAAUUUUUCCGGUGCUCACAAAGCUCUGUUCAAGCAAGCCAUGAGGCAUUGGGAGAAUUUCACAUGCGUUAAAUUCGUCGAAAGGCUUCCUCAAGAGCAUCCUAAUUACAUACUGUUCACGGAAAGGCCGUGCGGAUGCUGCUCGUUCGUCGGGAAACGAGGAAACGGCCCGCAGGCGAUAAGUAUCGGGAAGAAUUGCGACAAGUUCGGAAUAGUGGUUCACGAGUUGGGCCACGUGGUUGGCUUUUGGCACGAGCACACGAGACCCGAUCGCGAUCGUCAUGUACAGAUUAUCCGUGACAAUAUCAUGUCUGGUCAGGAGUACAACUUCAAUAAACUGACAGAGGAGGAAGUGAAUUCACUUGGUUUGCCGUACGAUUACGAUUCCAUUAUGCAUUACGCGAAGAACACGUUUUCGAGAGGGACGUACCUAGACACGAUUUUACCAAUGGAAAUUCAUGGCAAGAAGCGGCCUGAGAUUGGUCAGAGACUUCGACUCAGCGAGGGGGAUAUCGCUCAGACGAACCUUCUUUACAGAUGCUACAAAUGUGGCAGGACGUUUCAAGAAAACAGUGGGAGUUUCGGAUCACCGAUCUUGGAUCAUCCGAACAGGUCACCGCCAGUGGAGGGCGAACGAUGCGAAUGGAGAAUCACGGCGACCCACGGCGAACGAAUAGUGUUGAACAUCACGUCGCUCGAUAUAUUUAAGAGCAAUUUUUGUCGCAGCGACUAUUUGGAGAUCAGAGACGGAUACUGGUUCAAAAGCAACGUGCUGGGUCGAUACUGCGGAAGCGGAAAGAUCCACGAACCGGUGGUCUCGACCGGAAGUCGAAUGCUGGUUACAUAUGUGACGUCGAGCCAUCAGACAGGACAUCGUGGGUUUACUGCGAGCUACGAGGCUGUGUGUGGCGGUGAAAUCGAGGUGGAAGACACAGGCCAUUUGGAAUCGCCUAACUAUCCGGAGGGCUAUCAGUCGAGCAAGGAGUGCGUCUGGAAGUUGUCCGUGCCGCAGAACUUCCAAGUGGCGCUAAAGUUUCAAUCGUUCGAGAUCGAAAACCACGACAACUGCGUGUACGACUAUGUGGAGGUGCGGGACGGUCAUAACGCGGACUCGCCAUUGAUCGGGGUUUACUGCGGUUACAAAAUACCGCCGGACAUUAAGUCCACCGGUAACAAACUUCUGGUGAAGUUCGUUAGCGACGGGUCCGUACAGAAGGCUGGGUUCUCGGCCACGUUCAUGAAAGAAUUCGACGAGUGUGUUUUGAUCGAGCACGGCUGCGAACACAAUUGCAUCAAUACUUUGGGUGGAUUCGAAUGUUCCUGUAAACCUGGCUACGAAUUACAUUCCGAUGGAAAACACUGUGAAGAUGCCUGUGGCGGAGUAUUCGAGGAUAGUAACGGAACUAUCACGAGCCCCUCGUUUCCGGUAACUUACCCGGGAAACAAGGAUUGUGUCUGGGAAAUCAUAGCUCCGCCUCAAUAUCGUAUCACGCUGAAUUUCACGCACUUCGAUCUAGAAGGCAAUAAUGCUCGACAACAGGACUGCGAAUACGAUUCUGUGGAAGUAAGCAGCAAGCUCGGAGACGAUCUUUUGAGAAAACAUGGUAUUUUUUGCGGUUCGAGGCUACCAUCGUUGAUUACCUCGGAGGGAAACUCUUUAAGAGUGACAUUCACGUCUGAUAAUAGUAUUCAAAAAACUGGUUUCGCCGCCGUCUUCUUCACGGACAUGGACGAAUGCUCGAACAACAACGGUGGUUGUCAACACGAGUGCAGGAACACGAUAGGAUCUUAUCAAUGUUCGUGUCACAACGGUUUUACGCUUCAUGAAAAUGGCCAUGACUGCAAGGAGGGCGGUUGCAAGUAUGAAAUUGUCGCACCCAUGGGUACUAUAACAUCGCCAAACUAUCCAGACUAUUAUCCCGGCCUUAAGGAUUGCGUCUGGCACUUUGUUACCAAACCAGGACAUCGUAUUAAAUUAGUUUUCAAAGUUUUCGAGAUGGAAUCCCAUCAAGAAUGCAAUUACGAUCAUAUCGCUAUUUACGACGGCGAUUCACCGGAUAGUCACGUUCUGGGCAAAUUUUGCGGUACCAAAGAGCCGCAUCCAAUCCUCGCAACUGGCAAUCAAAUGUAUAUGGUAUUUAAGAGCGAUGCUUCCGUCCAAAGGAAAGGUUUCCUUGCGACUCACAGUACAGCUUGCGGUGGCCACUUGAUUGCCACGACUGAAGUAAAGCAUUUGUACUCUCAUGCGAAGUACGGCACCCACAAUUACGACCACAGGACCGAUUGCGAUUGGGCGAUCGAGGCACCGCCUGGCAAAAACGUACAUCUCACGUUUGUCACGUUCCAAUUGGAAUCAGAGAGCGACUGCAAUUACGAUUUCGUCGAAGUUUAUUCCGGUUUAGAUACGUCUGGUCUUCUGUAUGGACGAUAUUGUGGAAAUAGCAAUACCACGGACUUCAUAUCGAUAAACGAGGCAUUGCUGGUAAGGUUCAGAACGGACGACACGAUAUCGAACAAAGGUUUUAUGGCGCUAUUCGUUGCGGUUGACCGUCAAGACAGUGGAGAAAAUUACGGAGGUUCGGAGGACGAAGAUGCGGACGAGGAGAAUCUCUGAUCCGUGACAGGCCUCGCCAAUCGAAUGGGCUACGGAUUCCACAUUGGUUCACUCUUGCAGAAUAACGAACAAGGUGAAGGCGAGUAAUGUCUAAUUACUCGUGCGUAAACGUUUCAAACGUUUCGAUGGAGUCCACGUAGUCCUUGUCAAACGUGAAUCUUGCUCGAUCGUCGAGGCCGUGAAUCUUAUUCUUCUGACGAAUUAUACGUUCGAAGGAGGCGAAUCGAUCGAAUAUCGACCGACAGUAUCGAUCUUUUUGGACUUGAAGAUUUGUAUUUAACGAUUAACGGGUGAACGAAGAAAACAUUGCCCAGAGUUAAUCCCAAGUGUCUCGCAUCAAGGAUAAUUUAUUCCGUCAGCGAUGGCGUUAGUUAACGGCUUAACCAUUUGGAGUAGCGAUGUAACGACCCUGAAAUUCGGCCUAGGGUCAAGGCCAAUCGUGCCAUUGUAUGUUUAGGUAGAGCGCAUUAUACUGUUAACUACUAUGAAUCGUCAAACCCAGUGAGAAACAGCAGGUUCAAGAAGCAAGGCGAAACAACACACGAUUCAGUGUUGCCAAAGUGAUUUUCUAAUAUUUAAUCGAACAGUAUCUUUAUCGGUGUUCGGAAUUAUUCUAAGUAAUCGAUAUGAAUACAAUAAGAAGGCAUAAAGGAAAAGUCUACGAGAGGAACAAACGUAAUGCGGAAUUAUUAUGGUCGACGUUGUUCUUUCAAGCACUGCCCUAUACCAAACGAUUCGAUCACGUUGAAAGAUCACUUUUUUCUCGACUAUGUACAAUUCUUUCGAAUUUUCUUCUUUCCAUUUUCACUAUUUCCCUAUUUUUAAAUAAAAACGUACUUUUCGAAGCGUUUUGUUCAAAUGUACGCGGAUAAACGGUUCUAAUGUCGCUACGCAAGAAUAUCGAACGAAACCGAGCGUGUUUCGAGUCGAACGAAAGGAAGAAAAUAUGACGAGAAGUUUUUCGCUCGAAUCUGUUCGAUGGAAACCUUCCAUACAACUCGUGCAAAUACUUGGAAUAAUCUAGAUAUAAAUUUAGACAUAGCGCUGAUCAAUCUUGAAAAAUCAGCGAUAGAAAUUUUACGGCGAACCUCGAGCGGCCGGUUUCGAUUGAAACUGAUCAACGUUUUCGCGAGGAUUUCGCCCAGCGUUUAUUGUACAUAGAUAAAAGUUUAGAUGUAGACGUCGUGCCGUUUUAUAUCGUAGUCAUAGGAUCGACGACAAAAAAUAAAAUGUCUCGCUAUCGUGUGAAUUGAUAGAUUUCUGACGGUUCUCAGGCUCUGUACUUUCGUCUGCGUUUCAUAACGAGAUAUUUAAAAAUAAUUGUAACAAUGCACGCAGUAAUUUGUUGCGGAAUGAAAUUAUUCCGACGAUACCAAUCGACAGAUCUAUAGACGUACGUUAAAUUAAUGAACUAGACAAUAGUAUCUCAUACAAAUGUCAUUGGUACUCCAAGAAAGUACAGCUAGAACAACUAGAUAUCUUUAAUGAUUUUGUCGUAGAUAUCGAUACUGGAGUUGCGAUACGAGUAUUGAACACUUCAUAUUAAACUUACAGCUAAAUGGCGAGAAAACGUAUUUUAAGAUCGGGCACGUAUCCUAUCGAACUCAUCGAAGUACUCGUGUUUUUGACAGAACGAAACGUUAUCCUUUGUACACUGUGUAUCGUUUAAGGAGAAUGAUAUUGUGCAAAAGAUUAAUUCUGUAAUUGCCAAAAAAAAAAAAAGAAAAACGUUGUUCGAGUAACGAUAUUCUGAAAUUUCCAAACUUUUGGUCAUUUUUCUACAUGAUUCACUGCCCGGUGUACAAUUUUCACGAUGGUGCACAGAGAUUUAAAGGAAAAAAGACGAUAUAUUUUUACUUUGAUAUUAUUUUUUAAAUGUAUCGUACGAUGAAUAUGGCUUACGUUAUUUCGAGCAAUAUCUUGUACGUGAAUGCAAGCAACAAGAUAUACGACAAACCUUGAAUUUCUUUUGCAAGUGUACAUGAUGUACGAGCGAGUACGCGCAUAAUGUUGAUCUUUCAAAAAAAGAAAGAAAAAAAAAUUCAUAUGCCUAAAAACACACAGUAUAGAUAAUAAUACCUUUAUCUAUUAUCUGACGAUAAGAGCAAUAUUAAGCGCCGCGUCAAGUUCCUUUUUGUAAAUUAUAUGUGAUUUAUUUGUUCUCAGAAAUACACGUUAUAGGCACUCUAUAUAUUACUAAGCAAGUAUAUACAACUAA